CAGUUGUCAGCGACGCAGGGACGGUGAUAAAAUGUGCUAGUUUUCGGCGAAUUUGGGCAAAAAUGGGCAAUCACCAUGGACACGGGGCUCACAAAUCCGGGGACUCGUCGCCCAGCUCCGGGCUGUCUUCCAACAACGGCUCCAGGAAAAGUAUUUCGCGUACCACUUCUGGCAAUGACAUCAAAGAUAACCAAUCUACGGUUAUGCAGCCAGUGGAGAAGCUUGCCAAGAUUUUAACGGAGAGAUCUCAAAAAUCCGAAGGAGUUAACGGAAUUACACUCGCCGUGUUUCAAAAAUGCCUGUUCCCAAGGUACCAAGUAUUCGCUGAGAGACUCUACAAAUACAUGCUGAGUAGUUCUAAAGCCAAAACAAGCUACAUAGGCACGACAGCUUUCAAACAGCAAUGCGAAAAAUACUUGGGCAUACUGGACGACGACCAAAUUAGGGAAUUGUUGGUUAAAAUGUUCUCAGAUGCAGAUGACAACAUCGCAAUUGAUUCUUUUCGGUCUUUGCUGAUGUGCGCAUACCACAUAUCCAUGGAUCACUAUUCCGAAGGGCCUCAAAUGUGCUUUUCCAUCAACAAAACCCUAACAAGCGUCGUGGAAAGCUGCUAUCACGGCAAAAAAUCCUUAAUGAACAAGUACGUCGCCUCCUGGAUAGGUUUAAACAUACCGAGGUUGCUUUUUCCCUUGCACAGAUUCGCUGUGCAUUCGCUGGCCACCUCGUGGCGGAAUUUGGAACAAGAAGAACCCUCAUUGGCUGCCGACGAACAAUGCGGAAAACAUUCAGGUUUGGAACUGGCCACCCCCGUACUGGAGCAACCGCCCCCCUUUUCGCAGGACAAAGUGCAUCGCCACCUGUUGCACAUGAGCAUGUCCUGGCUUUUGGCGGGAGCCCUGCCCCCCAUAUAUUCCAGGCCCAUGAAGGCCCACUCGCCGCACAACAGUGGCGUAGGCCUUGCCAGCGCCAACUUCCUAUCGAAACUACUCUGCGCCGUGCCGUCGCAUUGGACCCUACUCUACGAUUCCGACGAUAACGGUCUAGGUACGAACCGAUUUCUGCACCACGUGCUAAACUACCGCGGCGCCACGCUGUGCCUUAUCAAAGUAGACGGUGGCGGUCUUUUCUGCGUCGCAUCUCCCUGCGAAUGGAAGGAGUCGAACCACUACUGGGGGGGUGAAGAGUCCGCAGUCCUUCAGCUGUUUCCCAAAUUUGCGUUGUUGGAGAAGGGAUCCAAAAUGUUGUACUUGAAUACAACUGUUAGGGGUUACCCUCUCGGGUUAAGGGCCGGUAAGGACCCUAGGGCGCCCAUAGUCAACAUUGACUCCGGUUUCGAGAAGAUGGAGUUCCAGAAGAUUCCCUACCACCUGGAAACGGUGGAGGUGUGGGGUUGCGGCGAUCAAGUGAGCCGUGAACGCCAACUUGAGGUGAAAAAGUGGGAGUUUAAAGAAGCGGAGCGGCAACGCUGCGUCAAGUUGAACCCCGCCGAUUGGCUGGACCAUCCCGAUCGCUACUUGCUGGAACUGGCAGGUCGCCCUCAGUACCACACGAGCGCGAACUAACUAACAAUAUAGAAAACUAGAACAGCACAACAGGUAUGUGCCAUUCAAAAAAAAAAUAUAUUUUGUUUUAUUUUUCACGUCGAAUAUUCGGUCAAAAUAUUUUAUAUCUGUAUUUUGAUCAAUUUACCUCGUUUCUCAUUGGUUGGACGAAAAAAGUUUUAAAACAAAAUUUGGAACAUAUUUCUUCCCAGGCAAAACUUUCUGUAUUUAGUCCCUUAAAAGAUAGAAGCUGUCUAAGCGCCAAAUUAGUUUUUUUAUAUUUUGACCCUCUAAAAUUGAUCAAAACUAAAACUGCCAAAUAAAAAAGUUGUAGAUCUCGAAAAUAUCCACAAAAAAUAUAUAAGGUUUUAAACCAUUUGGACAACCGUUUUCGAGUUACAGCGGCCAAAAGUUAAUCACAAAAUAUAACUUUAGCGCCCUCUAUCUUCUUAACAACUGAACACAGAAAGUUUUGCCUGUAAACAAAAAUGUUGAACAAUUAAAGCCCUCCAUUUUUUGUCCCAACACUUUUUUUCUCCGACCAAUAGAAAACGAGAUAAAGCGCCUGAAGUUAUUGAACAAAAAACAUACGGGUAAGUUUAAACAUUAAAUGAAAAAUUAACGUUAUUAAAGCCACUUUGGUUUCCAACAAAAACAAAAAAACCCACAACUAUUUUUUUGUUUUGAAUGGCAUAUCAUAUUUUUACAAUUUUUGGUGUUUUUAUUUAUAAUGAAAAAAAACAGUUUCAGUGUAUUUUUUGUGGUAUCAUUUUGACUAAUUUAGUGUAAUUUUUUACAUUCCAAAAUUCGGCUUCUUGUAUUUCUAACCCACUACUUAAUAACGAAAACGAUACGUAUUAAUAUUUACUUAACAUUUUUUACAUUUACGUUGAAAAAACGUAGUUGUACUUAAACUAAGUUAAAAAAACGGCGCUUAUUCUGAAUAAUCAUAUUUUAUAAUUACAUUAAUAGUGUGCCAUGUAGAGCUGUCAAAUUGACAUUUGAGGUUAGUGCGCCUGUCACUUUUGACAGUAUUUAUAACCGCACAAUCAAAGUACAAAUUUGUGCUUUUUGGUGUGUUAAAAAACUGUAUGCACCUUGUUAAGAACACGAAAUUUUCUUACUUAGUAUUUAUACAGGGGGUUAAUUAAAUUUUGUUGCCCUAUUAUAGCCAUUCAAGUAAUUCGUGAACGCUUUUUGUGCCUUUUUAAAAAUAUAAUAAUGAUAAUUAGCUCAAUUUUAACGGAAAUAUAGUUAAUAAUGUUAAAUAAAAUUUUUCUGAAACAGUAUAAUAAAAUUGUGAAUAUUUAUAUCUUAUUGUUAGCCGAUAGUCGCCAUUUUUAUUUUUGUUUGUUAAUUGUUCAAAAAUUUAUCACCCCCACUUACUUAAUUCAUUGAAUUGUUACAGGGUUUCAUAUAGUUUUAAACUCAUUGUAUUGAAUUGAAUCAUUGAUAUUAUUUAUUUAUUUAAAUUCGCUGUAGGUACACAUACAUAAAAUUAUUUUUGUACAAAUUAUUCAAAUACAAAUCGAUACAAACCAAACC